AUGAUGAUGAAUGACGAAAAUAGUCAAUUGUUGGUAACAUCUGUUUGGUCAAGGGGAAGAAAAAUCAUAUCGAUCGGUGUACUUCUUCUGAUCAAUUUGCUUAAUUAUAUGGAUAGAUUUACGAUUGCUGGUGUACUCACCCAAAUACAGAAAUAUUUUGAUAUCGAUGACUCAAAUGCUGGACUGUUACAGACGGCAUUCAUCGUGUCUUACAUGAUGGUUGCUCCAAUAUGUGGUUAUUAUGGUGAUCGGUACAACCGGAAAUUCAUCAUGGAGAUCGGGUUGAUUAUAUGGAUGAUUGCAGUCGUAUUAUCAACGCUCUGCGCCCCCGUACAUUUCUAUUUAUUUAUGCUAUGUCGGAGUAUUGUGGGUGUUGGUGAAGCAUCAUAUGUAACCGUCGCACCAACAAUAAUUGCUGACCUAUAUACAGGAAAUCAACGAAGUAUUGCUUUGAUGAUUUUCUACUUUGCGAUACCAGUUGGAAGUGGAUUGGGAUAUGUCACUGGUGCAACUUUUUCGUUGUGGACAAAUACUUGGCAGUGGGGUGUCCGCGUGACACCUAUUUUUGGUAUCGUAUGCUUUUUGUUAUUGUUUUUCAUUGUUGAAGAACCAGUACGUGGCGAAGCUGAGCACGUUAAUCCUGUACCGUCGUCUUUUAUUGCGGACAUGAAAUAUCUGCUUACUGUAUCGACUUAUAUAACCACAACUAUUGGAUUGACGUCGGUAGUAUUUGUGGUUGGAUGCUUAGGAUGGUGGACGCCGACACUAAUGCAGUAUGCAUGGGCUGUGCAUCAUGGCACAAGCUAUAUUAGUAGUGAAGUCAAGGCUGCUAUGGGAUUGAUAUUUGGGAUCGUUACUUGUCUUGCUGGGUUUUUCGGUGUUUUCAUUGGUUCUACUUUGUCCCAAAUUUGGCGAUCAGGAUUUGGCAUUAUACCGAAAAAUGAUCAUGCUGAUUUACAUACCUGCGCUUUGGGGUCGCUGUCAGCUGUGCUAUUUCUGUACCUUGGCCUUAUUUUAUCAUCAAAAAAUGCGACUUUGUGCUUGAUUUUUACAUUUCUUGCUGUAACGAGUUGUUGCGUUAAUUGGGCAAUCAAUAUGGAUAUUUUAAUGUCUGUUAUAACUUUACGUCGACGGUCAAUAGCAACCGCUAUUCAGACAUUGAUUUUACAUCUUCUGGGGGAUGCUUUCUCCCCAUAUCUGAUUGGACUAAUAUCGGAUGCGAUACGUGAACAUGAGCGAUCUACUUUGGCGCAUUUUAUUGCUCUCCAGCGCUCAUUAUUUGUGCCAAAUUUUGUGCUUUGUUUCGCUGGUUUCAUGUUUUUGGUUUCAACUUUUUAUAUCGAUCAAGAUAGGCAGAAUGCCGAUGAAUUAACGCAUAGCGAACAGCUCAUUACCGAGAAUGCUUCAGAUACAUCACCAUUAAUAGAUGCUGUUGAGCAUUUAACAACGUGA